UUGAACAGAGCUCUUGACUAGCCAGAAAUCCGUUUGACUUUCUGGUUGUUGGUUCGGAUUUUCCUCAACGCCUGUAAUCUGGUACAUUCCUAGCAACGUUUGUGUCAAAUUUAUUACGUGUGCCCAGUUUUUCAGUCAUCGAAGCGUGUGGCCGUAAGUACAUGCGUCACUGAAACGUCAUCAAAAUCGGGGUGGAGACUCUGUUGCUGAUCUCACGGAUGUAUACAGUCAUCACUGAAGGACCUGCGCGCAAAGUUAGCAUUACCUACCGUGUAAUGCAAAGUACUGGCGAGGAGAAGCUGUGUUAUCACUUGCCAUAUCAAGGCGCAGUCGCAAACGUCGUACAGUCUAUGAUUUUUCGCCCUAGGACUUUCAGUCAGGUUAUGCCAGAGCAGAGGCCCAACACGGAUCUACAACAACUUUUUCCUUCAUAAGAUAGCUGAACUUUGUACGACACAUGGACGACUUUCCAAAGAUCGUCCUCAUUUACAGUUGGAAAGCUGUCGUAUAACGGAUGUGGAGAGUUCUCGGAACGUUUUCUGCUUCAGACAUUCUUACUUUUGUUGUGCCCAACUUGUCAAGAGAACGACGCAUCAUGAAGGUGUUCACCUUUUACCUCGUCGUAAUGCUGGCAAUGAGAUUCACAUGUUCAGGUGCAGUCCCGGAUGUUACACUGGUGAACGAGUUCCCGUGGGUCCCUCCCCAGUCCCAGUUCCAGUUCACCUACCUGAAGUGCGUGACGUCACUUCCGCUGGAGUCCUUCCCGUUCGGCAUCGCGGAGAACACGGGACGUGGCCUCACAUUCACCAUGUGGCGAUUCGCGGGCACCAUUCGCCAGCCAGCGGCGUGGCCUGGAAAAGAGGUGAACUUGCUGCCCAACGCCAACUUUGACCGAAUAGGGGCGUUUUACUGCACGGUGCAGAGCGGUAUUAAGACGUACCAGGUCACUACAAUAAAGAUGUCUACCACAGCAAGUAUCAAGCCCGUGGUAUUUACCAAAACAGUAAACGCCGGAGACACGGUCACUUUAGAAAUGCAGUCUGUAGUCAGCAUGAUGGCACCAGUAAGAUGGCGACACAACAACGUCAUCAUCGCCAUGGCAACGGGCCUCAGCCUGCCAAUCAGCGGCAUCAGCACGUUAGACGAGGGUAUUUACGAGUGCUACUACGAGGGAACCCGAACUACAACGACGGCAGACCAGGGGGUCAUGAGAUUGAUAGUCAGAAGCUGCCCUGCCGACCUGUGGGGUCCGAGCUGUCAGGACGAAUGUCCCGGAUGUUACAAUGGCGGCGUAUGUGACCCUGACUCCGGCGAGUGCGUCUGUCCUCCAGGAUUCACAGGGGCAAACUGUGACGAGGCCUGUCCUAUCGGCGCGUUCGGGCAGGAGUGUAACAGGGAGUGCGCUGAACCGAACUGCGCAGGCCGCCUGCUGUGUCUACCCGACCCUUACGGAUGCUCCUGUAUAGCCGGGUAUCAAGGUCCUGACUGCGACCAAGAGUGCGUGCUGGGUACGUUCGGUGCGGGGUGUACGCAGCAGUGUAACUGCCGCGAUGACGUACCCUGUGACAGAACUUCCGGGUUCUGUGUCGUCGGCUGUCCGCCCGGCUGGGAGGGAAACUCCUGUCAACGAGCGUGCGAUGACGGCAGGUACGGGGACAGGUGUGAGUCACAGUGCCAUUGUGUCGAACCGUGUGACAAAGUGACGGGCACCUGCGGCUCAGCCUGCUUACCUGGAUGGAGAGGGGUCACCUGUGGGGAGCCUUGUCCCCCUGGCAGAUUUGGAGCGAACUGCAUGUCGUUCUGCCGCUGCUUGGAUGGGGAAGUUUGCGAUGCCGUGAACGGGACAUGUCCAAACGGAUGUAGGGCUGGAUGGAAAGGAGACGGGUGUCAAGACGCCUGCGAGACAGGCGAGUGGGGCUCCGACUGCGAGGGCAGAUGUUUCUGUCAGGAUAACGUCAAUCACUGUAACCUAGCAACAGGACCAACGCCCGACUGCCAGUGCGACGACUUUCACUUUGGGGAAGACUGUAUGGAAGAAAGAGUAGCACCUUUCAUAACCGACAUCACGAACGUGGCGGUGAACCCGGGAGAGGCGACGUUCCUGAGCUGCUCGGCGGCGGGAAGCCCGCUCCCUACUGGUGACGACAUCGUCUUACGAGACCAAAACGGACAGGUGUAUCCUCGCUUCGCCAGUUUUCCCCGAGGAAACUACACCACCAAUUCUUUCCGGAUUCCUUCAACGGAUCAAGACACGGAAUACUACUGUGCAGCAACCACAACAUCCGGUUCGACCUUCCAGAGGGUGGAGUUUACCUUCUACGAACUGCCCAGUUUCAGCGGUCCGCCUGUGAUCCAACCAAUCAACAUUCACCCUACCCUCGUCAUCGUCGACUGGACAGCGUGGAAUGAGACCAUAGACGUUGGCGAAGGACCAAUCAGAUCGUACCAACUUCAUUUCAAAAAGUCUGAAGAUGUUGAUUGGCUGCCAUACGGUGACGAGAUUUUAGCGGACCAAUCAAGAGCAUCCUACAGCCGAAUGGUGAUGCGACUAGACUUCUCCACGGAGUACGAUUUUAGCGUGCAGACGUUCCGUGAAGGAAAUAAUGGCGGUGGCCCUUUGGGUCCAGUCCUUACCAUCGAGACCAAGUGCAUGGCGCCGACAGAGCCUCCACAAGGCAUACAGUUCAGCAAUACUGAAGCACGACAAACUACUGUAUCGUGGCAGCUGCCACCAUCCAGCACCAUCCGCUGUAAGGACGUUAUAAGCUUCCAGCUCCUGUACAGAAUGUCGGAAGAAAACGCGUUUACCACAACAGAUGUGAACGGUACACAGAGAGAGAACGUUCUGAUUGGUCUACAGCCCUACACAAGCUAUGACGUCAAGAUGUCCCUUGCCAACUCAGUUGGCACCAGCCCUUUUAGUGAAGUGUUGACGGUGAGGACGCAAGAAGAUGUCCCCGGUCCAGUAUCCAAUCUCACCACAGAGCCAAUCUCGUCAGACUCCGUACAGAUCACGUGGUCUGCACCCGUGAACAAGAACGGGAGAAUCCUCGCACACCUGAUGACCUAUCGCCUGCUGUCCGACAGCCAGUGUCCGGGUACUGAGGAGGUCACGGCAAACUCUAAGACAUUGCCCUCCCGAACAACGCAUGCGCUAAGUGGGCUGCAGCCAUACUCAACAUACGAGAUCUCGCUGAGAGCACGAACCCUUGUAGGCCCGGGCCCUGAGGUGUUCGCGACUGUUACUACGCUAACAGCAACUCCAAGCGGUCCUCCAAUCAACGUUACGAUCGAAGAGGUCCUCAUCACCAGUAUACUGGUUUCCUGGUUACCCCCAGCUUGUCCUCAGUCUAACGGCGUCAUCAUCCAAUAUGGCGUCUCGGUGGUACCGUUAGACGCUGGGAACGAGAACGAAUUCCCGGAUGUGAUGACGAGAAACACGCGGAUGAGCAUCUCGGGCCUGAGGCCGAGUGCGUGGUGCGGUGUCAGGGUCAGGGCGUACACAGACAUUGGCCCUGGCCCGUACAGCCCAAAAGUUAACGUCACCACUCUAACAAUGAACUGUAGCAAGGGAACCUUCGGUGUUUUCUGUGAGUUGACCUGCCACUGCCUUGGCGGGGAGGCAUGUGACCGUUUCAAUGGCUCCUGCUUAGUAGGAUGCGCCGCUGGAUGGACCGGGACGGACUGCCAAGAAGAAUGCAGUGUCGGAUGGUAUGGACCGGACUGUAGCGAGCAGUGUCACUGUUUGGACAACUCUGCCCACUGUAACAGGUUUACUGGACCCACCUCCGAGUGCGAGUGUAACGACCAGUACUUUGGCAACAGAUGUCUUCAGCUGAAGGUACCACCAAACAUCACCGCCCUCACAAACUCGAAAGUCAACCCAGGCCAACCAACAACCGUCUUCUGCGCUGCGACCGGAAACCCGACUCCAACCGGAACGGAAAUGACGUUACAACUGAUGAAUGGGACAUUACUCCAGCCAACAGCGUCCUUUACACAAGGAAGAGGUCGCUCGGCCCGAUUCAGUGUGACUUCGAUCCGACAAGAAGAUAUUUUGACAUGCAUCGUGAACACUAUUGCUGGCUCUGACGAGAAAACAGUUGACCCCCUUGUUUAUGAACUACCACAGCUUGUGAAACCGCCAACCGUUCUUAAACGUGACAUUGAAGCUACACGACUCACUGUUUCAUUUGACGGAUGGACACCCAACAUCGACCUAGGAGAGGGCCCUGUUGUAUCUUACAUUGUGAAGUAUAGAAAAGACAGAGACGGCAAUUGGAACUCAUUCCCUUCGAUCGAAGAGGAUGGUUCAAUAGAGGUUCACUACCAAACCAUCGCUGGACUAACGCCUUACACAACAUAUGAUAUUUCUGUGCAGACUUUCCGGAUAGGGGAAGGGGGAGGGGGGCCUACAGGCCCUGGAAUCACAGCCACAACAAAAUGCCUUGAGCCUACAGAAGCUCCGGUGAAUCUUCGCCUGGGCAGUGUGGGUGCACGGGACGCUGCCGUGCUGUGGGACGCACCUGACCUCGGGACCGUCCGCUGCAGAGAAAUUACAGGCUUCCGGCUGUACUGGAAGUCUCCGGGAGACUUUGACUACACAGUGAAGUCUGUAGAGUCAUCGGACAGAAAUCAUACUCUGUCCAACCUGGCGCCGUUCAGCACUUAUAACGUCAAGAUGGAGCUACUGAAUGAGAUAGGACCCAGCCCGGAAACACCCAUCCUGAGCUUCAAAACCCCGGAGGAUGUUCCACAGGAAGUGCGAAGCCUUACCACAUCCAUCCUCUCCCCGACCAUAGUCGGCGUGUCGUGGGACCCGCCCGUCCGGACCAACGGGAUUCUACAAGGUUACGACCUGUCGUACAACCUGACAUCCAGGGGACAGUGCAGCCUGAGUAACAGUACCGAAACAGUCAUACCUGUUUCAAGGCAGACAACUAACUACAUCAUACAGGGGCUGUUUCCGUACUCGACCUAUCAGAUAGCGGUCAGUGCAAGAACGAGCGCUGGUGUGGGAAACGCAAAGGUCUCCACAGCCACAACACAGGAAGCAGUCCCAAGUGGAUCCCCCUUACACAUACGUGCGACCCAGGUUGACAUGGCAGAACUGACUUUUUCCUGGGAUCCGACACCAUGUGAGGUCAGGAACGGCAUGGUCCUGCGAUACGACUACAUUUUUGACGAGGUUGAGGCGGCAACGAGGGAGUCUAGAACCACAGGAACAGUCACGUCCACUGGAGCAAGCUUUAGUGGUCUUCGCCCUGAUAGGUUGCACAUGAUCAAAGUUCGAGCCUCAACGUCAGUAGGAGCAGGACCUUACAGCAUACAGAUGGAAGUCGCCACCUUACCAGAAUCUUGUCCUGCUGGUUUCUAUGGUAACUACUGUAACCAAAGCUGUUACUGUAUGAACGGCGGAGCGUGUGAACGCAUCACGGGGUACUGUUCAUCAGGCUGUGCGAAUGGCUACACUGGGGAUGCCUGCAAUCAGGUUUGUCCUAUGAACCAGUAUGGCCCCAACUGUACGUUCUUCUGUAACUGUAUGAACCCAGAGGACGGGUGUGACCGGAUCAAUGGACCCACACAGGACUGCCAGUGUACCGCGGAGUGGUUUGGGGCAAACUGCACACGGAAAAAGAGCCUGUCUGAUGUGACAAUAGUGACAUCACCACUGUACACGUCAACAUCUUCAGGAUUCCCUAACAUCAAGUGUGUAACAACUAUGGGGAUGGGAUCUUUUCCCUUCGGGGUUGCAGAGGACACAGGGACAGGAACGUCUUUUACAAUAUGGAGGAUUGUAGGAAGGAUUCUCCCUGAACCCUGGCCCGGGAGGAUGGUCAGUUUCUUGCCGAUGGCAGGGGAAGCUGCAGUUGGGGCGUUCUACUGUGAGGCACAGUCAUUGAAGGGCAUCGCAACCAGAGUGACGACAGUUAGGAUCAAGGAUCGAGCGGAACUUUUGCCAGAAGAAUAUUCCAGGACUGUAUCAGUAGGGGAAUCGGUAACACUAGCAGUAACACCGACCACAACAUCUGGAGAUACUGUGAAGUGGAUGCAUAACGGGGUGGAGAUACAAGCAAAUGGCUUUCAACUGAACAUAGAUGAUGUACAACUGGAAGAUGCAGGGUUGUAUGAGUGCUUCUACGAGGGUCAAAGGACAGGCAGCAAUAAAAAUCAGGCUAUGAUGAGGCUGAUUGUCCGAGGAUGUCCCCCAGGCCUGUGGGGUAACAGCUGUGAGUUUGAAUGUCCGGAGUGUUACAAUGGAGGCCAGUGUUUCCAUGAGUCAGGCGAGUGUGUCUGCCCCCCAGGGUUUAAAGGAACUUUGUGCGAAAAAAGCUGUGGUGGGAACAGGUUUGGUAUGGACUGCUCCCAGCGCUGUGAUGAUAACGAUGACCAGUCGGAUAAGUGUUCGGGACUCCUGCUGUGUGUGCCCGAUCCUUACGGCUGCUCAUGCACAACUGGGCUACGGGGACACCAAUGUGACCAAACCUGUCAGCCGGGGACUUACGGUGCUGGAUGUACCCAACAGUGCAACUGUCGAGACAGGGAACAACCCUGCGACCCCUUCACUGGCAACUGUGAGAGCGGAUGUCCCAGUGGUUGGCACGGCGACGCGUGUCAACAAAAGUGUGAGGACGGUACGUUUGGAGAAGAGUGUGCCAUGUCCUGUAACUGUAUGGAGCUCUGCGACCAUGUGACGGGACAAUGCCCAGCUCAGUGUGAACCAGGAUGGAGGGGAGAUACAUGUCAGGAAGAUUGUGUUAAUGGUACGUUUGGACAUGACUGUGAAGAGAUGUGCCACUGUCUCAGAGGAGAGGCAUGUGACGUAAAAACUGGAGAAUGUCACAGCGGCUGUGCAGCAGGUUGGACUGGGCUGUCAUGUCAGGAAAGUUGCCCUGUGGGAAGAUUUGGUCCCAACUGCAGCCUGACCUGCCACUGUUACGAAGAGGAAGGGUGCGACAGUUUCCAUGGUAACUGCUCUCGAGGAUGCGGUGCGGGCUGGAAGGGUGAGUCCUGUCAACAGGUCUGCAAUGCUGGAGAGUUUGGACCAGACUGUGGUUUGCAGUGCCACUGUCUGGAUGGAGGAGCUUGUGACAUUUUAACUGGAAAAUGUGAGAAAGGAUGUGGGUUUGGAUGGACAGGAGAAGGAUGUCAGGAAGAAUGCAGGGAGGGAAGAUUUGGACCCAACUGUACCAGUGAGUGCCACUGUGCUGAUGACGCAGCCUGUGAUCUCAUGACUGGGACAUGCCCUGGACCAUGUGCAUCAGGGUGGUCAGGGAUGGACUGUCAAGAAGAUAUAGAUGAAUGUGAAUCAUCACCAUGUGAGAAUGACGGCACCUGUGUGGAUGACAUCAAUUCAUACACCUGCACCUGUCCACCUGGAUAUGGUGGUGACAACUGCCAAUCAGAUAUUGAUGAGUGCCUGUCCAGUCCCUGUCUAAACGGUGGCACAUGUACAGAGGGACUGAAUCAUUACUCAUGUGACUGUCCUGCUGGGUAUGAAGGGCACGACUGUGAAACUGAAGUAGACGAAUGUUUAUCAUCGCCUUGUAAUCACGGUGGCACCUGUACGGACCAGGUGAACGGCUUCAACUGCAGCUGUGCACCUGGAUUAACUGGACACAGGUGUGAAAUAAACAUAAACGAAUGCAAAUCAAGCCCUUGUCAGAACAGUGGGACUUGCCUGGAUAAGGUAAAUUUCUUCAAGUGUGCUUGCCCACAGGGUUUUGGAGGAGAAUUGUGUCAGACAAACAUCAACGACUGUGCCCAGAACCCCUGCAUGAACAAUGGGACCUGUGAGGAUGCCAUCGGCUCGUACCAGUGUGUGUGCCCGCCCGGGUUUGAAGGGAACAACUGUGAACUAGACGUUGAUGAUUGCGUCAACGCUCCUUGCGACAAUGGGGGAACAUGCAUGGACGGAGUAAACAGCUUCGAGUGCAUCUGUACAGCUGGUUUUACCGGUGACAACUGUUCAGUCGACAUUGACGAAUGCAGCUCAACACCUUGUGAACAUGGCGGCACGUGUGAGGAUGGUAUCAAUGCAUACACCUGUACCUGCACACCUGGUUAUGAAGGAAACACCUGUCAGAACGAUGUAGAUGAGUGUCUUUCCGGGCCGUGUGAAAAUGGUGGAUCUUGCGUCGACGGUGUGAACUCCUUCAUGUGCGAGUGUACAGCAGGGUAUGAGGGGGAGACGUGUCAAUACAAAAUCAAUGAGUGCGAGUCCAGUCCGUGCCAAAACAAUGGUACCUGCGUGGAUCAGAUCAACUCCUACUUGUGUUUAUGUGCUCCUGGCUUCCAAGGACAACAUUGUGAAAUAGACAUUGACGAGUGCCUAUCCACUCCUUGCCAACACAGCGGAACGUGCGUAGACAGAGUGAAUAGUUACAUAUGCCUCUGUUUGGACGGGUAUGAGGGAACCCACUGUGGUAUCGAAACCAACGAAUGUAUGUCAGAUCCUUGUCAAAAUGGAGGUACUUGCACAGACGGCCUGGCAGUUUAUGCUUGUACGUGUCCCGUGGGUUUCAAUGGUCUAAACUGUGAGAAUAAUAUAGAUGACUGUAGCCCCAACCCAUGUAUGAACCGAGCCAGGUGUGUGGAUGGGGUGGAUAGCUACACCUGUGACUGCGCUGCUGGAUUUGAUGGAGAACACUGUGAAAUAGAUGUGAAUGAAUGUGAGUCCUCCCCCUGCUACAAUAGAGGCACCUGUACUCAUGGUAUCAGCUCCUACUUCUGCACCUGCACACCUGGUUUCCAUGGCGACAACUGUGAGAUCGACGUUGACGACUGUGACCCAAACCCCUGCACCAAUGGCGGAAGGUGCAUCGAUGGUGUCACCUCCUAUAGCUGUUCCUGUCCAAGAGGGUUUACCGGACAGAACUGCCAGGAAGACGUGGACGAGUGCUUGUCAAACCCGUGUCAGAAUAAUGGCACCUGCCGGGACGGAAUUGGGUUCUACGCUUGCAGCUGCGUGCCUGGAUUUGAAGGUCAAAACUGUGACAAUGACUUUGACGAGUGUAGCUCUGACCCUUGCCAAAAUGGUGGCCUGUGCGAUGAUGGCAGAGACUCCUAUAUCUGUAACUGUCACCCUGGAUUUAACGGAACAAACUGCGAACACAAUAUCGAUGACUGCUCGCCAAACCCUUGUAAAAAUGGUGGACAGUGUAUGGAUGGCAUUAUGGAUUACAACUGUACAUGUCUGGAUGGGUUUAAUGGCAGGCACUGCGAAAACAAUAUAGACGACUGCAGUCCCUACCCAUGCCUAAAUGAUGGAAGCUGUGAGGACGGCAUUGCUGCCUUCAUUUGCCACUGCCCUGAUGGUUUCGAGGGGCAAACCUGCGAGACAGACAUUGACGAAUGCGAAUCUAGCCCUUGUCAAAAUGGAGGCACUUGUGAGGACCAGCUAAACGGUUACAGCUGCAACUGUACUGUUGGAUACGAAGGAAAUGACUGUGAAAUAGACACAGACGAAUGUGCCUCCACCCCCUGCCUCAACGAUGGACAGUGCCAGGAUGGCGUGAACUUCUACAGAUGCCUGUGCCCAUCUGGGUUCCUGGGAGACAACUGUGAAACUGAUGUGGAUGAGUGCAUGUCCCUUCCCUGUCUGAAUGGAGGAACAUGUGUGGACGGGAUCGACAACUACAACUGCACCUGUCCUGAUGGCUACACUGGACACACAUGUGAAACAGACAUUGAUGAAUGCGAGUCUAGCCCGUGUCUGAAUGGAGGGACUUGCACAGAAGGGGUUAAUGCAUACAACUGUAGCUGCCCACAAGGAUUUGAAGGACAGCAUUGUGACAAAGAUAUAGAUGAGUGUAUGUCCAUGCCCUGUUUGAACAACGGAUCCUGUGUGGAUGGAAUUGGGAUCUACACCUGCCUAUGUAUUGAUGGGUACACUGGACAGUUAUGUGAAACAGACAUUGAUGAGUGUCUGUCAAACCCAUGUGACCAUGGAGGGACAUGUAAAGAUGGUAUCAAUGAGUACUUCUGCCAUUGUCUGCCUGGGUAUGAAGGGACCAACUGUCAAAAUGAUACAGAUGACUGUGCCAGCCACCAGUGUCUGAAUGGAGGAAGUUGUGUGGAUGGUCUCAACAACUAUAGCUGCUCGUGCCUUCCUGGCUUUGAAGGAGACUUCUGUGAAAUCGACAUUGACGAGUGCUCCUCGGAUCCGUGUCACAAUGGAGGGACCUGUCAGGAUAGCAACAACUCCUACACCUGCCACUGUGGGCCUGGGUACGAGGGGACACACUGCAACACAGAUAUAGAUGAAUGCAGCUCAUCCCCAUGUGCGAAUGAUGGAACGUGUACCGAUCAACUGAACGGAUAUCUGUGUCUGUGUACUGAAGGCUUCACUGGGGAGGGUUGCGAAGAAUUAAUAUUUGUUCAAGAUUUAGAAGAUGGAUUCAAAACGCAAGGCGACAUGGGAAGUAUUUCAUCAAGCAUGGAGUCAAAUCGAAGAGAUACUGGCACAGAGCAGAUCUCCAACUUAUUAGACACAAAUUCUACAAACUUGGAAGAUAAAGCAAGAGAAAUGGGAAAGCAACGAAUACUGAACUUAUUGAAUCAAACAUUAUCUUUUAAUGUUACUGAUCUUGCCAAUAGGACAGUUUCUAGUAGUGAUGUGGUAAUACCAUGUAUGUUUUGUUUUGCUUUGUGUUUUUCUUUCGUAUUGGGUUUGGACAUAACAUAGCAGUAACAAAGAUGACAAUUCCUACUGAAAGCAAUGACAAUACCAGCAGGAAGCUUUUUAAUGUAUUAAGUCAGAACAUCUUUGUGUAUAUUCUCUGUUGUAUUUGAUUUGCAGUAUGGGACCUGUACUACUUAUUGACUGUGUUAACGACAUAGGCUAAGCAAAUUUUAUUACUUGGGGGAAUUUUAGCCUGAAACUAAGUUAUAGGACUGGCAUAACAAAAUAUAGUUUUUUCGUUGUAAACUUUUAACAAAUAUAAAUCAAGGAUAUUAUUAGAAUAUAUUUUUGGAAAACUGAAAAUUAUUUAGGGCAAACAAUGUGUGCAAACACAUUUGUACAUAUGACAUUAAACACACUGGUGAAAUUUUUCCUUCUUCUGGUGGUACUUCUUUGUGCUGAUAGGGCUGAACAGUCUUAAAUCCAUGAGAUAAAGGGUUUCUCAAGGCAUCUCUAAAUAAAGCUGGAUAGUAGCUAAACAAAGUUGCUUCAUGUAUGUGCUGCCCUAAAUAGAUCAUGGACAGAAUACCCCGUUAAAAAGCUGCUAUAUGAGGGGGCCUACCACCCAUAGCACAAGGCAUCAGAGAAAGAGGAGCAUGACUUGCAGGACAUGUCUGGAGAACUAAGUGUGAGAUUGUGUUCCACCUUGAUCAUGUUAAAGGUGUCAUCUCUCAUAUAGAUUAGGGUGUCCAUCCCUGCAUUAGUGGAUGAUCAGUCCUAUCAGUCUGGUCUUAUGCGAAAGAGAGCAACCAGUUAAGGUGACUACAAAACUUACAAAAAAAAACAUGUAUCUUCCACUGUUCGGGACAGAGAAAACAGAUGCUGUGUACAGUAUUCAGAUCUCUUUCUGAGAAGCACAACAUCCAAUGACCAUGGUGUAAUGUCCCAUCCUAAGGUCUGUAACCCUUUCUGGUAGUGUGCAUGUCAGGUGAGUGACACCGGAGCGGUGAGAUUCGACCUCACGGUGUAUUGGUCCUGAGACAGAGCCACUAACUAAAGGACUGUGCAUGCUUUUAUACAUGCAGAAGGCAUUCCUGUUAUGUAAUCCUAAGAAACAUCUAACAAUAGAUUAAGGAAGACAAAAGUCAAUAGUUGUUCAUCAUUUUUACAUGUACUCAAUGGAGCUUUGUCUUAGAUGACAAAGUACAUGAUUCAAGAAUGUGAGCUGAACUCAAGUCUAAAAAAAUAACUUCUUAUCCGUUUGCUUGAAUGGGAUAUGUCUUACAGUACAUGAUCUCAACAUGCUUACGUAUCUAAUUUCUCUCAGAAAGUAGUUUGCGUUUUCCAUACACUAAAAAAAUGUUGUCCACGUCCUCACUUUGUAAGGAAUGUUUUGAUUUCUUUUAAAGUGCGAAUCACAUAAAAUAUCAUUUAUGAUUUAGAUUCUCUUUUGCAUACGUUUGGCUUCAUUCAAUUUUCACAAUACUUGCUGUUGAUGCAACAUCUACCAAAAUUAUUUUACCAGGUCACAAAUAUAUGCCAUCCCAAAAGCAUGUUUCUUAAGAGAUUUCCAAAAUAACAUCCCAAAAUAUAUAAUGCAAAUUUGCACAUUCAAACGAUACAUAUCUGGGAGUGUUGAACUAGAGAUAUCACGAACACGUUGUUUUUCAAAGUGGUGGAAUUAUGUAACCUGGCAGAUAAAUAUGAAGGCUAGCAUGAAAAACAAACAAACAA